GAACUCCUUCUCGAAGGAUCCAGUUUUUGCUUCACCUCACUUCAAAUAAGAUUCUAGUUCUCUUCAAAAUCUCAUUUCCCCUUUGUUCUACUGUAAUAAUCUUACAAACAAAACCAGGAAGAUGGGUAACAAUGGACCACUAUUUUUCUGGCAUCCAGACGAUGCCGAUUAUCCCUUUCUAUCCCAGCAUUACAUCUGUGAAUUUACGGAUGAGAACGGCCGUGUUUUCACAUCCACCGAACAGUGGAUGAUGUACCACAAAGCUCUUCAUUUCAAUGACAUUCCAACCUCGAUCGAAAUUCUUGAAACGACCAAUCCUAGAAUAGUCAAAUCUCUCGGUCGAAAAGUCAAGAACUUUGAUGAGAAGGAAUGGAACAAGGUUAAAUUCAACAUAGUCAUUCAAGGAAAUGUACUCAAGUUCUCGAGAGGAGGAAAAGAGUUGAGAGAACAGUUAGAGAGAACGGGUGAGAGAGAGUUGGUAGAAGCAAGUCCUUAUGAUAAGAUUUGGGGUAUUGGGAUUAAAGGUGGAGUGAAGGAAUGCCAGAGACAGGAGAGAGAUGGGACGUUGGAUGGGAAGAGAAAGGAAUGGGGGAAGAAUCUAUUGGGCUUGGCAAUGGUGGAGGCUAGAAGGUUGAUUAGAGAGAAAGAGAAGAAUGAGAGAUGAAAGUGAUAUUCACUUUAACGAGAAGGCUUCAGUUUCAUACAGGUGGAGCCACCGAGUAAGUGUCUUCUGAAAGCAGUGUAGUGGUUCUAGGAAUAUCUCAUCUCA